AUGGAGAUCACCAAGUCAAGAUACCUCCUCUGCCUCAUGCCACAGAACAUCAACCUCUUCAACGCCUUGCAGAUCAUCAUCAUCACACCAAUGCGCCUGCUCAAGCACAGAUACGACAUCUACUUCAAGGCCAAGGGAGCAACACGCCACUGCUACAGGUCCAUGUACUGCAUCCUUGGCAAUCAUCCCUCUCAAGCACUGUGCACCGGGUUGGCACAGGGUGGCUGGGUGUGCUGUCAGUACUGCCACAACCUCUCAGCCUUCUUCCACAAGGGGGAAUGGCCAAUCAAGCAACACAGAAACUACUGGAGCGUCUACAACACACACAUUGCAACACUCAAGGCCUCCAACAAAGGAGUCCAUGGCAAGGUUGGCCCCACCAACAAGAAAAUAAAGGUGCAUGGCUGGGGUCAACAGAGACACUUGCUGUACACCAGCAUCACAAAUGAGCUUGACAAAGUGAUCAACGAGGAGUUCAAGGCGUUCCCACCAUUCCCAGGAAAGCAGAGAGGCGAAAUGGACAGUUUCCUGCAGAUCACUGAGCUUCUCUUCAAGGAGUGGGUGAGCAAUCCACAGGAGUGCAAGUGUUGGCGUCUCCACAUCAACAUAGUCCACCUCCUGCAGCAAGAGACCUACAACGCCAUCAACCUCAACAACCUCAAGAUGAUGACCAAGAGGUGGAAGUAUCUCAUGGUCAAAAUCUACAGCGGCAUUGCCAAGCAGCGGCAAGCGACACAGUCAAAGCGGUCACAGACAGGCGCAGCCAGCAACACAACAACAAGCGGCAAGAAGCUACUCAGCUUUAAAUUUCCAAACUUCAAGGUCACACAACACUGGUCAGAGCUGAUCCACUUCCUCGGGCCCCCAUGGGUGCAAGACACACGCCUAUGGGAGCAGCGGCACCUCACAGCGAAGAUGACAGCGCAUCGGACCAACCAGAUCAACACCGAACUCACAAUUCUUGUGAAGACGCACCAAAAGGACGCUGUAAUUCGCCACCUGGCCUAUGCUGGGCUGUCCCCCGUGAGCUCUGUGCAGGGUUCAUGGAAGGAACCCUACACGCUCAGUGUUUGUGGUGAAAUGACCAGCAUCAUGAGAGACCGCAAGUGGAACCUCUUUGACGCCGUCAAACGUGAGCUGGGCGAAGGCGUCAAGAUAGCCGAUGAGCUCACUUCACACAAGUUGGCACACUACUAUGGCCACUUCCUUCAACCGGGUGAUGGGAUCGCCUUGUGUGUUCCAGAAGAGUAUCCAAAUAUACAUUUCAUUGUCAACAAUUCAAGACACACCAUACUCAACAAGUCCAAGACGCAGCGCGUCAUGAUCAGAAGGAUAUCUCAGCUCCUUCGAAUCACCUGCGACAACAAGGUGAGGCCGUGGGUCGAGCUCGAGCUUGGCGAUCUGCGCGGCGUCAGUGAUGGCUUUCUUGAGUUCGGGCUCAGCCAGCGACGUUUCUACCUUCCCUUUGGGUGGAACGGAUGGACCGUCGCCAAGCGCGUCCACCUCGUGCCCUACAAAGCGGGUGGGCAACACCAAGCGUCAAUGACUGAGCAGCGGCGCGGAGCACGACCAGCGGCGCACAGCACGACCAAGCGCGACCAGCGGCAAGGUGGACACGAGGUGGACACGAGGUGGACACAAGGUGGACAGGAGGUGGACAGCGAAGAUGGAACCUUCCGCCUUUUUCAAUACAACCAUUUGACAAACUGA